AUGUUAAAUGCUGAGCAUGACAUCUUCAGCAACUACGAUUGCUUGAAGAAUGAUCCUGUUCAAGCCCGUUUCAUGUCAGUUCUCGAAGAAGUUAGGCAAUCAAUUGCUGAUAAAGCAAGCAACACUGCAUCACUUCAUGUAGAAGGCGAAACAGGCAUCCCAGAUCCAAAAUUAUAUCUUGCAGUUAUUUCUUCACUCAUUGUCCACCGUUUAAGCCAAAAUAACAAGGCAGGUAUCCCUGAACUUUUACGUCUUUUAAUCGUUGCUAUGCAAUCAGCCACAUUAGAUUCAUCAAUUGCCGCACAAUUAGCUGAAUUGACAGUUCCACUCUUCAAUGGCGCUGAUAAUGCUCUCCUUGCAGCAUUAUGUCCAGUCGCAGCUGCAUUAUCACACAGAACUAAGUUCAAUCCAGUUCAAGUCACAACAUUAAUCGAAGGUAUCUGCGCUGCAACACUUUCUGAUGAUUCAAAGGUAAGAAAUACCGCUUCAAGAGCAAUUUACGAUAACGACAACAUUCAUCAGCUUUGCUUUGAUCGUCUCUUCGAAAUUUGCGACCAAAAUGCACUUCGCGCUCUUACAGUCCUCAAAAACAUCGCCAGUGCUGCAAAACCAGGCGUUUGGACCAAAUAUGCAGAACCUAUUCUUAAUUUCUGCCAAAGUGACAACAGAGCAGUUCGCGUUAAAGGCUUUGAGCUCAUGUCUUACUGCUUGCACCAUCUCUCUCCAGAAACUGUCGUUUCUAUCAUCAAUAAAUUCACAGCUAAGAAACCAGAAGCUCCAGGUGACGUUCUCCAGUCCAUGGCACUUCUCAUACAGUCGGCCAUUACAAUGCUUGCAAGAGAAAGCCCCGCUCUCCUUGCAGAUAACUUCCCGAACUUUUUACACCAAAUGUUGAUGCUUCUUACACUCGAAGACGAGCAAGCAAGGAACACAAUCAACCAAACAAUACUCUACGGCAUUGCAGCUCUUACAAACAACGCUGGCCAGACAAAUGAUUUCACAAGACUCCAAGGAAUCGUCAAAGAACUCGACGGAGCGUUAAUCAUUCAAUAUAUGACCAUUUGGCCACAAGUCUUCUCAAUUUUAUCUACACUUCCCCCUCAAUUACACGCUGCCACACCAGAUAUCCUCUUCCAGCCAAUUCUCAACGCAUUGGAGAAGCUCAAACAAGAUAAGGACAUGCACGGCAAAGACUACAUUGUUUCAUUCGUCGCUACAUGCAUGAAUGAAAUGGGAUUAGCUCAAUUCUACACAGGAACACCAGAAUUGAUCGAUGAUGCCGAAGUAUUCCAAUACGUAUACAUCCCACUCAUCAAUGCCUACAAUUCCCGUAAGCAUGGAACAGAUCUUGAUUUCACAAUUGAGAAAAUUCUUCCAAUUGAGAGAUAUCUCUACCAAGAGAAGCUCGACAACCCAGAUGAUGUCAACAGACACCUUGUUUGGGCCAAUCUUUGGAACGCAUUACCUAAUUGCGUCACAACAAACUCAGAUGACAUUUCAGAGUUCAUAGAGAUGUGCUGCCAGAGAUUCAAAGACCACAAAGAACUCAUCAGACCAAUCUCUAAGAUUUUCCAUCAUUUGGCCGCAAAAAUUGCAAAUAUGGAAGGUCCUUUGUCACUUUUAGUUAAUUCUGCCAUUGAUGCAUCUACUGCUUCUGUAUCAAUUCCUGCCAUCAGUGCAUUAUGUGCUGCCAAGGAUUCCGCAUCAUUGAAAGAUUUCUUCCACGGUGUUGCCAUGCAGUGCAUUGAAUACGCCCGGGAUCCAGACAAAAUGGAUGUUUCUUGUGCUUUGGUUGAUGUCAUUCUCGCAAUGUGUAAUUACGUCGAUGAGAGCUACAGAAAGAUGUUUUACGAUCUCAUGCUCAAAUUCGUAAAAGGUGAAUCCCAUUUCCAGAAGAAAGCUCUAAGAGCAAUCCGUGAUUUAAUAACAAGAUUCAAAAUUGAAGGAGCCGUUCAUGAAUUGAAAGAUGUCUUGGCAAAUACUGGUGAAAACGUGACAUCUUCAACGAUAAGAUAUCGUAUUUUAUUGAUGACUACAUUGUUACAGAUAUGUGGUGAUGAAUAUGGCGAAUUGUUAUCAGAGUUCCUUCCAGAAAUCGUUGCCGCUGUUAAAGAUCAAGGAGAGAAAACGAGAUCAGCUGCAGAAGAGAGUUUACAAACAAUUGCUCAAUUGUCAGCUGAUAAUUUCAGCAGUGUUGAUGCGAUUGUUGCAGGAAUAAUGGUUGGCAUCAUUUCCGAUGAUUCAUCUUUCGUUUCUGCUUCUAUUGAUUCUCUUUCCAUUGUAUUAAGAAGACAUUACGACAAGGUAACUCCUGAAACAUUGAAUGGUACUUGCGAUGGUGUAUUUGGUGCUUGCAAAGCUAACCAGAAAAGUGAAGUUUUCCGUUCUGGAUUAGUUUUCUGUAAAAUGUUAUUGACACGUGUUCCAAAGUACACUGAACAGAACCAGCUCCACAAUAUCAUUGAGUUAUCUAUCGCAUGCAAUAAGAGAACUAACUGGGAAAUCAGAGAUAAAGGUCAUCACAUGAUAGAAAGAUGCAUUGAAACAUUCGGAAUUGAUCCAGUAACUAAUGUUUUUCCAAAGGAAGAACUCAAGUUAUUGAGAGGAGCAAGGAAAGAAUCAAACAGAAACCAGAAGAAGGCGAAAUCUAAUCAGAACAAAGAUAAUGACGAAUCAGAUGGAAUUGAAUUAGAUUCAAGAUACGAUGAACAUGAAAUAGAUUUACUUUCAUCAGCAAACAUCAUUAAACGUAAAGAAGUUGAACAAAAAGAUGAAUCUGAUAAUGAUGAAUUGCAAUUCGAUGAAAGAGGAAGAAUCAUCAUGAAGGAAGCUCCAAAGACAAGGAAAUCUCGUAAGGAAGAAAAGGAUGAAGACGAAGAUGAAGAUAGAGGUAAUGAAUUGGCUGAUUAUAUAAAUAAUCGCCGCCAAAAGAAGAAUAGAGAUAGAGAGGAAAAGAAGGCAAAAUUCGUCGAAGAAACAGGUAACAAGUUUAAGGCACCAAGAGGUAAAGGUGAUGUAAUGAAGAAGGGUGGACAGGCUCCAUUCGCUUCUGCUCCUUUGUCUGCAAAAGUUGUUAAUAAGAGAUACAGAAGUCAGAUGAAGGCUGAAUACAAGAAACUUUUCAAGAGAAAUUAG